AUGGGGGUGACACGGGGACACUGUGGUGACCCUGGGGACACUGUGGUGACAUUGGUGACCCCAGUGACCCUGUGUGACCCCGGUGACCCCACUGUCCCCAGGGAGGUGGCCCUGUCGGAGAGCGAGGCCGAGCAGGACGGGACCCACAACGUGCUGGAGCUGCCCCAGGACUGCGCCGGGAGGGGCAACCAGGGGGGACAGCAGAGUGCUGUGAGGCUGACUGAGAUCGGGCCCCGCCUGACCCUGCAGUUGGUGAAGGUGGAGGAGGGGCUGGGCCAGGGCAGCGUCCUGUACCACGGGCUGGUGCACAGGUCGGAGGAGGAGCUGCAGCAGCUGCAGCAGCGCCGGGAGCAGAAGCUGCAGCUCAAGGCCCAGCGGAGGCAGAAACAGGAGCAGGACCUGGAGAGGAAACGGCACCUGAGGCACCUGAACAGGGAGCGCAGCCUGGCCGGGAUGCGACGCCAGCAGGGCCAGGCCGGGACAGGUGACAGUUCCAGGACAGGUGACAGUUCCAGGACAGGUGACAAGGAGGGUGACAGCGACGUCGAGGACCCCGGUGCACCUGAGCCAGGUGUGGCCACACCCUCGGAGGACGAGGACGACGCCGAGUACUACAGACAGGAGGUGGGGGAGGAGCCUGACACAGAUUUGUUCCCCACCAAGAGGAAACGAAGCCCCUCAGGCACUUCCCGACCCCAGAAACGGCGGAGGCAGAGCCGGGAGACCCCAAAAUCCCACCCAGACACCCCCAAAUCCCACAGAAACACCCCCAAAUCCCACAGAAACACCCCCAAAUCCCACAGAAACAACCCCAAAUCCUACACAAACACCGCCAAAUCCCACAGAAACAAUCCCAAAUCCCACCUGGGAACCCAAAAAUCCCACAAAAACACCCCUAAAUCCCACCUGGGAACCCCCAAAUCCCACCCAGGACCCCCCAAAUCCCACCCAGGGACCCCAAAAUCCCACCCAAAAAAUCCCAAAUCCCACAAAAACGCCCAUAAAUCCCACCCAGGGCACCCCAAAUCCCACCCAAAAACCCCCAAGUCCCACAAAAACACCCCAAAAUCCCACCCAGGACCCCACAAAUCCCACCCCAAGCUGAAGGUUCGGGGGCAGCUCCUGGGGAGGAGGAAAACCGGGAUUUUCCAACGUCCUGGAAGGGCCAGGAAGGGGAAAAAAUAAAAGGGGAAGGAGGGAAUGGGGACCUCCCCCCAAAUCCCAUUUCCAGGGGGAAAGGAAUUUGGGGUCCUGGAUUUGGGGCCUCCUGGAUUUGAGGGGAUCUUCCUGGAAUUUGGG